UUUAGUGUGACCCUAAAAAACUGCGCAGUUGACAGUGCUGCGAAGCUCCAAUUGAAAUCGAAUGGCGAUAGACAGUGGAAAAUAACGAGACAGCGCCACCCCACCGCCACCAACCGCCCCCCUAAACAACCACCCAGUGACGAAAAAUCAUCCGUAGCUAAAAACUGGAACGGAAAACGGCGAAAAUAUGCUCAAGUCGGAGGUUCAGCACCAGUUCUGGAUCACCAAGAAGGUGGUGCAGCGCAAGCUCGGAACGAAGGAGGACAAGCACGUAAUAUCCUCGGACGCGGAGCUGGAUUCUAAGAUCGAGGUGUUCAAAUCGAUAUCGGACACCAGCUUGAACCUGUGCAAAAUCAUUGACCAAUACCAGGAGCGCCUCUGCAUCCUGUCGCAGGAGGAGUGCGUGUUCGGCAGGUUCCUCAAGGAGGCGGGAAAGCGGAGCAGAACCACAGGCGGAAGUAUCGCCCACACGGCCAAGGCCGUAUCUUUCGCUGGACAGCAGAGGAUGUGCGUGCGGGUACCGCUCCUGCGGCUCCAGCACGAAGUCGAUGUGUUUCGCUGCCGGGCGGUAAAGGACACGGAGCAGACCCUCCAGUCGAUGGAGAAGGAGCGCACGGAAUAUCGCGCCGCUCUCUCGUGGAUGAAGUCCGCAAGCCAGGAACUGGAUCCCGAUACGGGAAAGGGUCUGGACAAGUUUCGCACGGCACAGGCCCACGUGCGGGUAGCCAAGCAUAAUUUCGAUGGCUACUCAAUGGAUUCCAUUCAGAAGAUUGAUUUACUAGCAGCUGCCCGCUGCAACAUGUAUUCCCAUGCUCUGGUGGCCUACGUAACGGAGUUAAAAAACUUUGCACAAAAGGCCGCCUCCACAUUCCAGACCAUAUCCAAAGCCUUGAUUAUAAAGCCCAAGUACGACUUCUGCGUGCUAAAGGAACUGUCUCAAAAUGAAGGCUCCACUGAGGAAGUUCCGCCAAUCGAAGCUGUGGAUAAGGACCAGUCAUUAUUCUUUGCCAACGAGUACCAGGAUAAGCUGGAAACCCAGCCGGAAACGAAGGAGUCUGAAGAGGAAAAACCAAGUGCACCUGCCACUGCCUGCGGCGACAAUGAAUCCUUGCUAAUUGAGCUCUCCAAGCAGCUGGAGGACAGUCCGCUUAUCGAUGCGCCGCUGGAUGAAGAAAUACCUGCCCAAAAUAGCAGCAACAAGCUAUGGUCGCGCUUGUUUAGCCAGCAGAAUCAACAACCCAUACCGAGCCAAGUAGCCAGGGAUUCCAAGGCAAGUGCAGGUGGCGCCACCCCGGUUCCCAGCAAAUCGCAGUCUACUAACAAUCCCUGGCUGGAUCUUUUCGCCGACUUGGAUCCCUUGGCCAAUCCGCAAGCCUUCGAUUUGAAAUUAAGCGGCGGGCGCAGUGUGGCCGAGCAGACCUGA